UAUUGAAGAAUUACCCAUCAAGGAUCAAUUACUAACUCAUGAUGGUAAGUUGAUCCUUGUAUUCUCAGUCAUGGAUCACUUGUUUAUAUAUUUUUAAUAAUAAAUAUAGAUAAUGAAAACUUGUGAUUUUCUAAUUUAUUUCAGAGAUGGAUAAGGUUGUUGGUACUGCUGUUUGUUAUCACUUUUCGCAUAAUGAACCCAAUAUUCCUGGGGAUGCCAAUCUCAUACUAUCAACAGAAAGUCUCAGUUAUGGGCUUAGAGGUAUAAAGAGCAUGGAAAGUAGUUCUUCAAAGAAAGAACUAAAGGAUUUGGUAGAAAAUGAAUACGAGAGAGAGAUCCUGUCAGAUAUCAUUGAACCCGAUAAUAUUCAAGUAUCCUUUGACGAUAUUGGAGCCCUAGAGGAUGUAAAAAAGACGUUAAAGGAUUUGAUCAUUCUCCCUCUAAGAAGACCUGGAUUAUUCAGCAGAGAGCAGCUACUAAAGACCGCUAAGGGAUUAUUGUUCUUUGGACCUCCUGGCACUGGCAAGACAAUGCUUGCAAAAGCAGUAGCGACAGAAUCAGGUGCAAAAUUUAUCAACAUAGAAAUGUCAAGAAUUAUGUCAAAGUGGCUUGGGGAUGGAGAGAAGUAUGUGAAGGCCAUUUUCUCUUUGGCAAGUAAAGCAUCUCCGUGUGUAAUAUUCAUUGAUGAGGUUGAAAGUAUGCUUGGAACCAGAGAAAGUCGGGUAGAGCAUGAAAUUAAGCGCAGGAUGAAAAAUGAAUUUAUGGUACAUUGGGAUGGAUUGCGUACCAAGGAUAAAGAACGUGUAUUGGUUCUCGGAGCCACAAAUAGGCCCUUUGAUCUUGAUGAGGCAGUCAUUCGAAGGUUCUCUCACAGAUUAAUGGUGAACCUUCCUGAUGCGUCAAGUAGAGAGAGGAUUUUGGAACAGAUACUGUUCAAAGAAGAGCUGGCACCAGACGUGGAUCUAAAGCUACUCGCCAAUACGACUGAUGGAUUUUCAGGAAGCGGCUUGAAAGAACUUUGUAUGACUGCAGCACUCCGGCGCAUUCCUGAACUCUUGGAAAGAGAAAAGGAGGAAGCGUGUUUAGCGAAAGAUGAAGGUAGGCCUGAGCCUGCAUUGCUAGGAAAUGAUGCCAUCCCCCCUCUUAGCAUGAAGCAUUUGACAUCUGCCCGUGAUCAGGGAGGUGCUAGCUUCUCAUCUGAGUCAAACACAAUGAGUGCCCUUAUUCAGUGGAACAAUCUGUAUGGUGAUGGCGGCUCAAAAAGGAAGAAAAAUCUCAGCUACUUUAUGUAGGUACUAUUUGCACGGUUGCUAACUGCCCUGGAGCUUUGCCAUUGCACAACUUGACAUGCAAGUACCAGUCGGGUUUUUGUCUGCUCCCUCAGAUGCCCCCGUGUAACUAGCUUUUGCUGACCUAGUCAUUUUGGUUGAUCUGAGUAGAGGUUGACAUCAUAUGGUUUUGAUGUUCUUGUGCCGACCUACAGGCCUUGUGAAAGAAAGAAAGAAAAAUGAUAUAGGGAUGUUGCCUUGCUACCUCAAGUUGUAUGUAGUUUGCUGUGGCCAGGUGAAAUUUUGAUCUGUACAGUACAAGCUUUAUGU